UUUGUGUGCUAGCGCGCGGAUGCGGGACUGUUUUCUUAAAUCCUGAUAAGGUGAGACGAGCUCGUGCUUUCUUUGAAUACGCCGUGCGGCUAAAACGUUGGCACCAGAAGAUUAGGUGAUGCAAAGGUUCAACAGCUGAGUGAAAGAGAAGCAGCCAGUCGCUCAUUGUCGCGUUGCACAACAGUAGAUGUGACAUUUGACCAGCGUGAACCUCUUUGGUAGCUACUAAGAUGACCCUGGCUCCCUCCUGUCACCUCCCGUUGCUCCUCCUGCUUGCUGUGACCGGUGUGGCAGAAUCAUCGGAGGAGGACAGAAUCAUAGGGGGCUCAGAGGUGUUGCCCUACUCCGUCAGGUUUCAAGCCUCCAUCCUGUACUUGAACUCCCACUUUUGCGGAGGAGCCCUCAUCCAGCCGCAGUGGGUGGCGUCUGCUGCCCACUGCUGGAGGCCGAAUUACCUGAUCCAGGUGGUCCUCAGCGAGCACAACAUCAACAAGGUGGAGGGCUUCGAGGAGGUGUUCAAUGUCUCCUUAAUCGUCAGACACUACAACUACCAGUCCUGGACGUUUGACAAUGACAUCAUGCUGCUUAAGCUGGACCGCCCGGCCACCGUCAGUGACAGGGUUGAGCCGGUCACUUGGCCCGAUCCGAACGCGCCGCCCCUGCAGGACCUCGCCCGCUGCACCGUCAGCGGCUGGGGCGUGACCUCGCUGUACAGCUACACGCUCUCACCCGCCCUGAGGUCGGUGGACGUGGACGUCUUCGCCAACUGCUGGUACUACUACUACUUCAAGAUCUCAGAUAACAUGAUGUGCGCCGGCUCGCUGUUCGGUGGGAAGGACUCCUGUCAGGGGGACUCGGGAGGACCUCUGGUCUGUAAUGGCAGGUUUGAGGGGAUUGUGUCGUGGGGCAUCGGCUGCGCGUACGCCUACUACCCCGGCGUCUACACCAGGGUCAGAAACUACGUGGGAUGGAUGAACUGGGUCAUCCAGAGCAACUAAUGAGACUCAGAGAGCCCGUCCAAUUCUAAUGUGAGGCCUCGAGGUUAAUGAAGCCAAGUCCUCAGUGGAUACAUUAUACAGCACAGUACUGUCACAUAAAUAUGAAAGUACUGGGGUAAAAGUACAUGAACUUAUCACAGCACAAACAGACAAAAUUCACAUUCACUUCCCACAUAAUGAAAAAAAAAAUAAACCGCUUACCUCUGACAUCUUAUAUAUAGAUAUAUAUAGUAUAUAUUUAUAUAUACUGUACACAACUACACGCACUUUGUAAAUUGUAGUUAUUCUGCUGUUUUUAUUUUCCUUAAAUUAUGUAAAACCAUGUCACAGAUUCUGGAUCAAACCCAUUUCAGGGAUCAUUCUGGGCUUUAAAACCUCAGUAUCUCCACAGACUUAGAGCUGGAUUUACCAUUAAAUGUGCAUUAUUUUCACAAACUGUCUCAUUUGUGUGUUACGUGCUC